AUGACAUCCUCCAGCGCGGUGGAAGAUGAACGGUUAACUGAUUCGGAUUUAUCCGAUGAUGAGGAGCACAAGGAGGAGGUCCCGCAGGAGGAGAUUCGUCCUCCCACACCACGUCCCACAUACAGUGAUGAGGAUCUUAACCAGCUGAUGGAGUAUAUACAACGCAUGACCACAUUGUAUUUGUUGGAUCAAAUGGAUUGGAGUGAAGCUUCCCUCGAUAAUAUACGACGCUGGCUGCUGGAGGUCAACGAACCGCUGCUCACAAUUUUCUAUGCAGACAAUGUGCUGACAGCUUGUCUGGGGUUCCCUACGAAGCCAGUAGAUGAUAUUAGCUACUUUUUUCGUGCAGAGCCCAACGAGAUAUUCUCCAUCGAUGGCUUCCAUGAUGAGAUUCACUUUGGCACCGUGCACAGCGACGUAGAUGGCUGCUUGAUGCGUCUGCUGGAGCGCUUCUACGCGCCCAUUUUCAGAAACUACCAGGAUUGGAAUCAGACAGUGCGUGCCAGGUUUUGCGCCAGUCUCGACAAGCUGUUGGCCUUCCUCUUUGCCAUAAACUCCAAGAUCGGUGGCAUCACAGCGCUUUAUGUGCCCUUUGUGCUGCAUCAGAUAGGAGGGGAGCAAAUCGUCUGUGACAGGCCGUUGUUCAAGAAUCUCGAAAGCAUCGCCGUCUAUUGGACUACACAGAUACGCACAGUGCUGAGCGAUCGAACACUGAUGGCACCCAAUACGCUGGCAACUGUGAGCGAUGAAUACGAGUUCUGGGAAUACCGAUUGGAGGUGCUGCAGGGACUGAACUCUCAGCUAGAACAGUUCGAUGUGCAGCGCGUGUUCAAGGUGUUGCGUCAAUGGCAGUCGGUGCACAUGCCACAAAUUGAGGAGCUACUCUCAUCUGCUCAGCUAGAGCAAGAGUUGGCUAUGUCGAACAUAAGAUUUUUGCAUUUGCUGAUGGAGCCAUGUGCCAAGAUCGAUGAGUCGAAGUCGUUAGCAGACAUCUCGCAACAGUUGCCGCAAAUUUUUCAUCUCUUGCGUUUCGUUUGGGAGCAAUCGGAUCAUUAUAAAAACAGCGAUCGAAUUACUACACUCUUUCGCAAUCUGAGUAAUCAGAUUAUUAAGUAUUGCACCUCCCAAAUAAAUCUGGACGAGAUCCUGGCAGGUCGUCCGAGAUUUGGCAUUAAGAUGUGCAACAUGUCUGUAGACUGCUGCCUGUCCUACGAGGAGCAGCUGCACCAACUAGAGCUGCAGCAGAUUGGCUGGCAGUUAGACCAGGGCAUCAUAUUUAAUCAUGUGCAUGCUUUUAUGGAGAGAUUGAAUGAUCUGAAGGACAUAUGUGAGGCGAUGAUUGUUUUCGGUCGAAUGGAUGAGCUUGAGACCAUUGACAAGGUUCAGUUCAGUGGCACCACCGGCGAGCAGCUGGAGAGGAUUGCGGUGAAUGUGGAGCAGCAAUUCCUAACCACGCUCGAUCAGCUACGCAGCUCGAAUACGAAGAGCUUGAUGCUGGAUGUCUAUCGUAGCGAGUGGUAUGACAAGAUGGAAGGCUAUCGCAAGGUUGUCCGUGGCAUAGAAGAGACCCAGCAACGACUUCUCUCGAAUGCAUUUCGUCGUGUCUGCAAUGUGGAGGAGACUUUAGAAACUCUCAAUGUUUUACUCUACUAUUCUUACCACUCCACUCUACGCAAAUGUUACCUGGGCCAGGUAAGCAACCUGUGGCACCUGUUCAGCGAGGACAUGGAUGCGACGACAAGGCAGUUGCUGCAGCUAAGGCGAAAGCAACAUCCUUCCUGGCUGCCCCCACAUGCAAGCGUUGCUCUUGCCUAUCGCAUCAACCUGGACCGUUUGACGUGGCUGCGCGAUCGUCUAGCUAAAUGUGGUGCCACCUGGUUGCCUGGCGUGCCACAGGCAGCGAUUGCACUUGAGAAGUUUGAGCUUCUGCGCUUGGAGUUCGAGAAAGAGAUACGAUCUUCGUUUGUGGAGUGGCAAAGUGAAACCGGAAGUAAUCUGGGCCAGAAGCUGGAGAGAUAUUUGGUGUAUCGCAGCAAGCAGUCCAAGUCCCUGCUGCAGUGCAACAUGGAUGCCAGUGCUUUACAGCUCUGCGUGCAGGCGGAGCACUUCGAGAGAUUGGGCUACGCAGUGCCUGCUCCGAUACGCAAGAUCUACGAAAAGCAAGAUUCGUUGAAGCUGGCUUAUAACAGUGUGCUACACGUCUGCCUGGACUACAAUCGCUUGAUAAACAGCCUGUUGCCGAGGGAGCGAAAGCUCUGUCGUCCUUUGAUUCAGUGCCUUGAUAGACAGCUAGCGCCGGGCAUCUAUAAACUAAGCUAUGCCGACGUAUCGAAUGGGGAGCCCAAUGAUAGCUACGACCUUUGGCUGCAGGGAUGUGUUGAGCAUGUGGAGGAGCUCCGCCUAAUUAUCCAGCUCUACAAGCGCGCGAAUCGUCAGAUUGUGCGCAACUGCGAACGGAUUUGCGACACGUCCAUGUUGCGAUUCAACUUUAGUGGAGCCGUGGACAUUUCUGUAUUUGAGCAGCAGCUGAGCAGCUGCUUGAGUAGCGGCAACAGUGCCUUGAGAAAGUACUACAACACCAUUGUGGAGCUCAUGAUGGCAGUCGCUAAUGAGUUUGCGGAGGUGCAAGACGAGCUCUCCAACGAGUGGCAUCAGUAUGUGAAUGUCUUUGAUGAUAUGCUGGCCAGCGCUUUACUCAGCUGCGCCCACAAUUCCUUGCAGCUGCUGCGGGAUGCCUUGCGCGCUGACGAGGAGCUGCCGCCUGGUCCCAUACUUGUCAUGGAAGCCGAUGUCCAGGACUCUCAAAUACAGCUCACACCCAACAUGCAAACAGUUGGCUCCAUGCUGCGUGGCGUCAUCGAUCGCGUGCAGAGUCUGGUGGAUCAGUUUCCACGACUCGGCUACAAGCUGAAGAUCCCAAAGGAAAAGCGGCGUCCGAAUUUCGCUAGAGCCUUUCGUGAGGAUACGGAAUGCUCGGAGCUGGUGCGCGACAUCGAGACAGAGAUCGCUCGACAGCAGACGAAGAUUGAGGAGUAUUUGAUCCAUUGGCAGGCACAUCACGCGCUAUGGGAGCUCACAGAGGAGGCAUUUACGCAGCGUAUGCUGGCUAGCGCCAAGACAGCGGGCGUAUUCGAGGGCAGCAUCAAGCACUAUAGCUCGCUAGCAGAUGAUAUUUCGUUCAUGGACGCCAUUGCCCAUGUUCACUUUGUUCUCAUCAAUCAGAAUCCCAUUAAGAGCACUCUGCUCGACUGGAUUGAGAAGUGGCAGGCGCUAAAUAUUCAAAUAUUGCUGCAACAUGCAACGGGUCUCAUGGAAGCUAUCUAUCGCUAUAUGGAACGCAAUGAGCGCAAAGUGCUGCGAGUGCCGCGCACACACAGCGAAUCUAUUGUGGCCAAUCAGCUGUUCGAGCGUCUCGUCCAGGCUGUGCCACAGAAACAGUCCAGAUUCACGCCCAUGCUGGAGCUGUUUGUGCUUUUACAUAAAUAUCGAGUCGCCUUGUCGGACGCAACACGUCAACAGAUCAUCGAGCUGGAAGCUAAUUGGCUGCGAUAUCUGCAAAUACUGUUGGAGGCUGAUGAAAUGCUCGAUAACGAGGGCGAUGAGCAUAAGAUCCUGCUGGCCCAGCACGCAGAUAAGUUCAGGCUUAUAUUGAAGCAGUUUCAUGAGGAUUACUUCUCCAAGUUGCCCAAGAAGUAG